AUGGCCAAUGAGCCAAUGAAACUUGGAUCCGUCCUUCUUGAACCGUUUCGCCUAAAAAUUCCUAUCGAAGCUGAAGUUUAUAAACUAGAAGCUGGUGUUAUUGUCGAUAAUUAUUUUAUUGAUGCGGACAUUGUACAUGCUACAGCCGGUACAUUUGGUGCACGAUGUAUAGCCGCAAUUCCUGAGAUUAG